AAUAGAGUAGAGCCAGCCAUCACUACUACUACUACUACCCAGAAAAAAAAAACAAAAACAAAAAGAAAGCAAAGAGGGCCAAUUAGGGCUCCGUCGGAAAGUUGAACCCAAAAAGGUAACGCCCUCUAAGCUUUUCUCUCUCUUACCACCACACGUACCCACUUGGUGCUCUCAGUGCUUUCCAUUAUCCGCCAUUUGGAGCUAGAGGAAGCCAAUGGUUUAAAAAAAUUUCUGGGUUUUGGUUAGUACUGGGUCGGAGUCGUGCUCUGCUUCUUCUUGUGUUGCUCGAGCUUUCAAGAUUUUAUCAGUUAUGGCGGUUUGGUGUGGUAUAAUUGAGCUAGCUGUAAUCGUCGUUGGGCCAUGGAAUCUAGGGUUUUGAUGACCCAAGGUUCUUUUAAUAAUUGAACAACCCCAAAGCAGUGAUUUUGUGGGAUCAAGAAAGAAAGCGUUGGCUAUACGCGAUGUGGAAUUUCAAUUCGUUCAGAAAAAAUUUGCGUUGAUUUGAAUUGCUUAGUUGAUUGUAUGCUGUCCUUUGUUAGAGAGAUUGGGAUUUAAUUGUGGAAAAAUAGAAGGAAAUGGCGAUGGAGUCGAACACGGGGUUUCACCACGACGAAACUUUCGGGUACGGUUUGAACCGACACGCGAUAUCAUUCCAGUCUGGGGCCAUAAACAGCACCUCGGAUAUGAUUCCGAUGGGGAAUUACUUUGGGACGGAUGGGGGCAUGAUGUUCUCUGCGAAUUCGGGUAUCAUUAACAACAACCCUGUAAUUAGUCAAUCUGGGAAUUCAUCAGGUUCUCUUCUUCUCGAUUCGGUGCCCGGGCUCAAGCAUGACACAGGCUUGGCUGUUGAGUGGUCUGUGGAGGAACAAUACAAAUUGGAGGAGGGCCUUGUCAAAUAUGCCGAGGAACCAAGUAUUAUGAGGUACAUAAAGAUUGCGGCAACAUUGCGUGAUAAAACUGUGCGUGAUGUUGCUUUGAGGUGUAGAUGGAUGACGAGAAAGCGUAGGAAACCUGAAGAACAUAUUAUGGGAAAGAAGGGGAACAUUAGGAAGGAUAAACUGAUGGAGUCUUCCUCAAAGACAAACAUACUGUCAGCUCCACCACUAGACAUGGCUGCAUAUUCUCUUAUGGUGCACCAUAUGGACCAUAAUGAGCGUUUGCAUUGUGAAGGAAUAAGUGGCACAGCCAAGCAUCUGUUGGAGCAAAAUGCUCAAGCUUUUAGUCAAAUCACAUCUAAUCUUUCUACAUACAAGUUACAGGAAAACAUUGACCUCUUCUGCCGCACGAGGAACAAUAUAACUUCAAUCCUAAAUGACAUGAGAGGUAUGCCUGGCAUAAUGAGCCGAAUGCCACCAUUGCCUGUAUCCAUUAAUGAGGAGCUUGCUAAUAGUAUCUUGCGUAAUACAACUUAGACAAAUCAAGGUCCUGAAUCCUGAUGGACUGCCUCAUUGUCUGAGCGCAAAGUGUACAAGUUGGGAACCAGAGUUGCAAAUAUCUGACAAGGCCUACGCAGAGCCUCCUCAAUUCAAAUCAUGGUCUCAAUAUGUCAUUUGAUCGUGUAGUGCUCCAUCCCUUGGCUGCAUGUGUCGUGUCUAAAUACAUAUUAUGUACCCUUACUCUCAUUUGUGCAGAAAAUAAGUGAUAUAUAAAUAUAGUUGGAGCUGCAGGCACUUUUUCUUCCUUUUUCUUUUUUCUUCUCUUGUAAAUUUCAAUUUAUAAUUGCUAAUUGCACCACUUCGCUUAUGUUGGGUACCGUGGUUUGAUUUGCCCAUUUUUCCUUCCACCUUAAUGAAACACUUUAAAAUUCAAUUCUAUGGGGAAGAAAGGGUAGUGAUUUUCUAA